AGUCGCGCUGCCUGUCAGCAGUUUGCAGCAGCGGGACGAAUGACGGCUGAGUUCGGAGGAAGUUACUGGGAGCAGCUGUGCUAGCAUGUAACCUCACACGAGUGCAACGGCAUCCCAGAGAGAGAGAGAGGAAGGUAGCAGCAUUCAUGGAUAUUGUGGACACCUUUAACCAUCUAAUACCCAGUGACCAGUUGGAUGACUCCCUAAUAAUAGGUCAGAAUUUGGAAUGUGAAGCCAGUAAUGAGUUUGCGACAGGACUCAGACUGGAAGAUUCACUGAAGAACAUGCUCAGUGACAAAGAUCCUAUGUUUGGAUGUGCAAGUGCUCAGUUCAAUCUUCUGGACAAUGAAGACCCUGCUUUUCAGAUCGCUGGCUCGGCAAGUCAUGAAAGUGGUUCAGCAUCCACGGGCCCCACAAAUGAAUUGACAGUUGCAGAGACCACACAAAUUAAGCAGCUCAUUGACAGGCAGAAGAAACAUCCUCGCAAUUUAGACUGUGCAGAGAAUACUGGUGACCAACAGCCUAAUAAGUCUACCAACACCAUGUUCCAAGGACGACCACGACGGAAACCAGCCAACAGGCUACGCAAGUCAUUUCUAAUUGAGAAAGGAGUGAAAGGUACACAGCUGAAGAAAGAAUUAACUCUGGGAGGGCGUGUUAAUAUUAAUGAUUUUGAUGGUGGAUUAUGGCUCAAACCUACUGUUGUACUGAGACGACUUACGGUCACAAUUGGCGGAUUCAGGAUUGAGUUGCUUCCGGGACCCUCUUACACACAAAAUGUUGAUGCCAGCCAGGCUGCGUGCUUCGGCGAUGGUUUUUCUUAUGGUGGGGACAUUGGUUUUGCCAUUUUACCAGAUGAUACUGUCAACGUACAGAAUCCCACCCCAGUGAAUGUGGCCGAUGUGGGUGUAGCUGAGAAGAGCUCUACUGAUGAUGCAGGUCUUGGGCUGGGCCCAUAUGUGAACCCUAAUGACGUGCAGAACUCCAAUGGGACAUUAACAGAGAGCACCAGCAUGCAAGAGACAAAACCUGACAAUCAGAGUGUUCCUGGAAAGCAAAACCCAGUCAAUAAAGGAAAAGACGGUAUCCAACAGCCACAGAGUGAUGAGAAUAGCACUAGUACUGAUAGUAAUAAGACUGUUGUUAAGGAAAAGCAACCAACUGUAGCCAAAACAUUGCCCAAGUCUAAACCAGGACCGACAGCAAACAAAAAUAAGGAUUUGGUUUCAUUUAAAACAAGCGACACAGUUAAGGAGCAUAAAAUAUCCCAAAACAUGCCAUCCAAAACCAUCCAAAGAGGAGACCUGCACAAAGUGAAAUCUCCAAAGGAAAAGCAAGACAUCGGACAUCUGAAACGGCCUGCAGAAAAUACCCAAAGUGAGGUUGCUACUAAAGUGCAAAAGGUACAAGGUACAGGAGAUAGUAAAGUGAAGCCAAAAUCACCAAGUACACCCAAUCCUGUAAUAAAGAAAACUCUAUCAUCUGGUAACCGUGCUGGUGAUCAGCAGGGACCAACCAAACACGCAAAUCCCCACAACAGCUCCAAAGUUGAGACUGCUCACCCGGCGCACAGUCAUCCAAGCAAUUCUUUAAAAACACCUGAAGAAGGAGGACAGGAAAAGUCCAAACAGAAAAAGCUAGAAAAGAUUCUUCAAAGACAGAAAAGCAAAAAUGCGAGAAGCAUUUCCGUGGAUGAGCCGCAGCUGUUCAUUCCAGAUAACGCUCCCGUCGUAAAGAAGGAAACUGCUGAGGAGCAACCUGCAAAUAGUGAGACAGCAUGGGAUGGAAACAACUGUUGUGGUCUGUGCAAAAACCACCACAAUAACAUGUUUAUGGUUGGCUGUGGUCGCUGUGACGACUGGUUCCAUGGCGACUGUGUUGGUCUUGACCUGACGAAAGUACGUGAAAUGGAGGAGGAGGACCAGAUGUAUGUCUGCUUGAAAUGCUGUGAGGAGGAAAGCAAAAAGGUGGAGCCUGAGCCUCAGAGUGUAGCCAAACCAGAAGUUCAAGCAAAGACUGAAGUACAGGAUCAUAAGUUGCCUCCCAAGCCUCGGCCACAAUCUUCUCAGCCACUCACAUCAGGGGGAGUCAGACCAGUAAGGAAGGAUCCAGACAGAAGACAGUCCACAGAUGGCAAAGAAGCAUCUCAUAAAACGGGUGUUCAGCUGAAACAAGAGGCGAGACAUAAAACUCUGUCUUCAGCUUCAAAGAAACCCGUGUCUGUGGAGGCAAUCAGGCGAAGUGUACGUGAUUCUCUGAAAGAAAUUCUUAUACAGAGGUUGAAGGAGUCUGAUUUGAACGUCUCUGUGGAGAGGGCCUCUGAAGUUGCCAAGAAGACAGAGAGAGAGCUUUUUCACUUGUAUAGAGACACUGACAACAAAUAUAAGAACAAGUACAGAAGCCUAAUGUUUAACCUUAAAGAUACUAAAAAUAAUGUCCUCUUUAUGAGGGUUCUCAAAGGGGAGAUUUCUCCAGGUAACCUAAUUCGAAUGAGUCCUGAGGAACUGGCCUCGAAGGAACUGGCUGCUUGGCGACAAAGAGAGAACAGACAUACAAUUGAGAUGAUUGAAAAAGAGCAAAGAGAGGCAGAGAGACGACCGAUCACCAAGAUCACACACAAAGGUGAAAUUGAAAUUGAAAGCCAGGAACCAGUCAAAGCACCAGAGCCUGUAGAGCUUGAGCCUCCUCCCAAAGUGACAGAAGUCUCAGCAGAGCCUCCCAAAACCCCAGAGAGCAAAGCGGAGAAUACUAAGACAGAAAAAGACACCACCAGCCAACAUAAGUCUCAUUUAUUUGACUUGCACUGCAAAAUUUGCACAGGUCGUAUGGCUCCCCCUGUGGAGGAGGCACCGACCAAAGUGGUCAAAGUUGCUACUACAGUGGUUCGGAGGCAGUCGACCAAAACAGAGGAGACAAAGAGCACAACGCCACCCACAGUCGAAGAAGACCUCCACCUCACUGUUUUGGAGGAGAGCUUUCGAAAUGCUCAGUCAAGCUAUGAAGGAAGAUCAGAUCAUGCAGCUGGAAGAGACGAAGAAGCUGCUUUCCUUUCCAACCUCAAGUCCCUGUGGCGAGGAUUCAUUCACAUGCACUCGGUGGCAAAACUUGUGACAAAAGCUUUUCCUGUCUCAGGCAUUUUGGACCACCUGACUGAGGACCUGCCAGACAGCAUUCAAGUUGGUGGGAGGAUAAGUCCUCAGACAGUCUGGGACUACUUGGAGAAGAUUCGGGCAACUGGAACAAAAGAGGUGUGCCUGAUUCGCUUCUCACCCGAGACGGAGGAAGAUGAGAUCUCCUAUACUCUACUUUAUGCCUACUUCAGCAGUCGUAGACGUUUUGGUGUGGUGUCUAAUAACCUGAAACAAGUGAAGGACAUGUAUCUCAUUCCUUUGGGCGCCACGGAAAAAGUUCCACAUCAGCUUGUUCCCUUCGAUGGGCCAGGUUUGGAAAACAACCGUGCCAACCUUCUCCUUGGGCUCAUAAUUCGCCAGAGACCGAAAAGGGAUUUUCUUCCUGUGGACAUGAAUGAAUCUGCAAGGAUUAUUCCUGAAAUUAAGCCUAUCGCCAUUUCCACAAAAGAAACCAAAACAAAGGAGGAGGAGGAGAAAUUCUUCCUAUCUUCCUUGACUACAGCACAUAAAAAAGAAAAGGACAAGCCACUUAACACUACUGAAGAAGUUAAUGAGCCAAUUGCAGAGUCUUUUGAAGAACCAUCUGUACCAGAGGAGACCAACAAUCAGGAAACACAAAAACCACUUCGCUUUCUCCCAGGUGUGUUAGUGGGCUGGGGUGGAGAAUUGCCACCUCUGCCAGAUGUUGGAGGUAAACCUGCAACAACAGCGCAUGACGUCCAGAAGACCCAGCCUGCUCCGAAAACAGAGGCAACGACUGCAAACUCAAAAAGUCCAACAGCCGCCGCCCCACGAGAACGCUUUGUCAUUAAAAAGAAAGAAGCCAAAUCUGUUAAAGCUGAACCAGAGCUACCCAGCCCAGCUGAUACACCUGCUACACCUGCUGCCACCGACUCAUCGGCAAAAGAUGCUGUAGUGGUUAGCCAUAGUGCAUCGGUUUCACUGAGAGAUAAGCCUCCAGAUGUAUCGACUGAAGCAUUCCUGGCAAGCUUGUCAACAGCUCCAAGAGGGACUGAAACUAGCAGUGCUGUUUCGACAAACAAAGGCAAUGCUGGCCUUUUGUCUGAAAGUGAAAAAGGAACAACUGAAGGGAAUUCUGUGUCGCAGUCAAAAUCCCAGGCUGCUUCAGAUCACACAAAUAGCUCAAAACCUCCUUUAAGUGGAAUAUUGAAAAAAUCUUCAGCAUAUUCCACUGUGAAUGAAGAUAAAACAAUGGUGCUACAAAAGGAUAAAGCCAGCCUCCCAGAUCCUUCAAGUCCUAAACCUGUUCCUGUGUUGAGCAGCACUAGAAAUGAUCCAGCUGUACCAUUUCACCAAGGGUAUUUACAGCUUUCUCAGGCCAAGCACAAGCCUGAAGGACAAAACCAAACUGCCGUUCAAUCAUUUCCUAAUAAAAAGGAUGAACCUGGCGCUGUCGUAACUCAGACACUGUGUCCUCCUACUGUCCAAGGACCUCAAGCAGCAUGUAACACAGAAGCGUCUGAGCCCCAACAUGACUCAGUAAUGGCACCAGUUCUCCCAGUAUACAACAGUGCAGCACCUUUCCCCUCGCAACAGCAACAGUCUCAGGUACCUGGCAGCUACAACUACCCAGUUGCCCCUCCUAGUAACACUUUCUCCAACCCAAACAGCCAGGAUCAGAAUCAUAGUAUGCAGUGGGCUCAAUCGCAGUAUCCUGAGAGUUACUCAGACCCAUCUGGCCGACCCCCAUCAUCGGCCAAAGACUGCAAGCGUCCAGAAGAGCGGUACAGUGAACCGUGGGAGAAGGCGCGAAGCACAGAAGAGAGAGAUCACCACGGGAGGCACAGCUACCACAGGGACUCUCAUCAUGGGAAAAAGAGCCGACACCACGACCGGGAGCGGGAGAAAAAGCACGAUCGCAGCCAUGACGACAAGUACAGGGAGAAGAGCAGGCACCACGGACACUCAGACGACCGUUACGGUGAGAAGAGGAAAGAGAGGCACCACAGUGAUGACUACAGUAGCCGUCACAAGGACAAACACAGACAUAGACGGGACUCUGAUUAUGAGAAUGGACGGAGAAGUUCAAAAGACAGUUAUUCAUAAUUAUGUUGCGGCUCUUUUUCUUUUUAAAGCCCUGCCAGUGAGUGCUGGGGGGCUGUAUGAAAGACAAAAGAUUUUUAGCUUGUCGGUCACAUAGCUGGUAAAAACAACACUUUGGCUAUAUUGGCAGCUGGUGGAGUUAUUUGUUAUUUUAUACACCAGUCUGCAUCUGUAUGCCACGUCUUUCAUAGAAAUUCCAGUUAAUGUUAUCGACUGUACAGCCAAGAUGCGAUAUAAUUUCAUUUGGAUUAUAAAUAUUAUCACAGAUAAGUGCUCUUCAGACCAAGAAGAACACAAUAUUGAAACAUUUUCAAUGUUUUAACCUUUUAUUGUAUAUAGCUUGUUUAUAUUGACCUGCUGUACUGACCACAAAUCAUCAGUUAACGUUGUCACUGUCAAGGUAACAUACAACACAGAUGUCGACCAUUUCUUGAAAGAUUUAAGUUCAAUGUUUGGCCUGAAUGUAACAGAAAAUAUUUAACUGAGGGCAGAGAUCUAAUCAAUUUUUGUCCUUUUUUCAAUUUAAUUUCUUUUUAAUUGCUUAAAUAUUUUAUAAACUUACUUUCUAUUGAGAAAGUAUGUACAUUUUGGCUUGUAAUAUACAUUAGAGGUGAAGUGCGCCUUUGCACUGUGUGUUUAUGUACAGUUCGUAAUAAAGCUAAUCCUUUUUUU